GAAGCCGCCCCAUUUAGGAAGGGAUAGAGUGAGAAAGUUAGAGAGAGAGAGAGAGAGAGAGAGAGCACUCUUUUUAUAUCCCUUUCUCUUCUCUACUUUUGGUGGAGCCGUGAAGAAGAUUAGGUUCUCAGAAAAGAACCCAGCCCAACAAAUUCUGUCCCCUUUCAUUUUCUUUGAGCUGGGGAUUCUAGAUAAAUAUAUUUGUUGGAUAUACAGAAAGAGGGUUUUAGAGAGAGAGAGAGAGGGAGAUGGAGAUGAUGUAUUACCAGUUCCCCAAGUUUUCUCACCAGGACUCUCUGAAAAUCCUGGAAGCUGAUAUACAGCACGCCAACGCUUUGGCUUCUGCCAUUCCAAGUGCAAAAGGCGGUGCACGCCUUCAGAUGAAAUUGGUUUACAAUCACUUGGCACCUAUCCUUUUGUAUUUACUCCAAUGGAUGGAUUGUUCCUGCACAUGCCUGCUCCCCAGAUAUCUAAAUCUUUUCCAUGUUCUUGUAUAUAAGGUGUACACAGAUGGGAAACCAAACAUUUCCAGGCAUGGAAGGAAGGCAACUAUUAGGGACUUCUAUGCGGUUAUAUUGCCAUCUCUUCAGCGGCUCCAUGGCGACUUGGUCGAGUGGGAUGAUUCUAAUGAGGAGAAUUCUGACAUGGAGAUUACUGGAAAGACCAGGCCCGAAUGCAGUAAAGGGUUUUCCAAUGUUGAUUUGGAGAGAGAAGAUGAAUGUGGGAUUUGCUUGGAGCCCUGCACCAAAAUGGUUUUGCCCAACUGCUGUCAUGAAAUGUGCAUCAACUGCUAUCGUGAUUGGAACACAAAAUCAGAAUCCUGCCCCUUCUGCCGUGGUAGCAUAAAGAGAGUCAAGUCAAGAGACUUAUGGGUUCUCACUUGCAGCGAUGAUGUUGUUGACCCUGACACAGUUUCCAGAGAGGACUUGUUGCAUUUCUACCUCUAUAUCAAUAGUUUGCCAAAAGAUUCCUCGGAAGCCGUCUUCUUAAUGCAUUAUGAAUACCUACUAUGAUUCGUAGUAGACAUUGAAGAUUGGUGUACAGAUAGAAAAGCCAACCUUCAAAUGUAAAUAGAGCCCAGUGAGAAAAUUAUGCGACUGUUACCUGGAGAUGACGGCAUCCCUAUUGUAUGUGUAAGCAUUCAAAACUGUAAUGGUACCUUUGUAUCAAUACCAAAUUUCUCAUUUUGAGAAUUUGAGUGUUCA